CUUUGUGUACAGCUUUGGACGGCGAGAAUACCUGGCAUUCUUACACUUUACUCUCUCACUGUCUCUUGCACUCUUACACUCUUAACCAUCACUCCUUCCUUGCCACCUCGCACAACGUCGAGCACACCAGCAAGACUCCAACUACCCAUCACCAACCACCCAACCCUACCCCCACCCCCACCCCCAUGACAUCCUCCACCGACCUUCCCUACGCCGCCGAGGCGGAAUCGUCCCUCGGGUACGACGAGCUCGAGGUGCUUCGUAACCAGUACUACAAGGAGAUUGAGAGCGGGCAUGUGACGACGCAGUCCAAGUUCAACUAUGGCUGGGGCCUCGUCAAGUCUGCCUCGCCAGAACUGCAGACCGAGGGCGUCAAGCUGCUGCAGGAGAUCUACUCGGCGUCCCCGAGCCACAGGCGCGAAUGCACGUUCUACAUCGCGGUCGGGUACUACAAGCUGCGCAACUACAGCCACGCCAAGACGUUCAACGACCUCCUCCUCGCUGUCGAGCCAGAGAACAUGCAGGCACAGUCGCUGCGACAGCUGAUUGACAAGGCCGUUACACGCGACGGAUACAUUGGCAUGGGCAUCAUUGCCGGCGCUGCAGCCGUCACUGGCAUCGUCCUCGCCAGCGUCAUCAAGCGGGCCACGCGCAAGUAGACAGAGACGCACGUAGGACCCUUGGAUUUCGUUUGAGAUAUGACUGUGGUAGAGAGCGAUUGUGCGUGGCGGCCCGACUCGGCUGCCGCCGGCGACCCCAGGCGUCUUCUCGCUUCACCGGCCACGCUUCUCUUCCCCCCGCUCACGCUUCGCUUGCCUCACUGUAGAUGAAUCUGUACCACCCCUAUGCCACACACACGCCAAUGCCAACACCUG